CAAAUUGUCCAACAAAUAAAAUUGAUUUCAGCAUUUUUUAAAUCAUAUGCAAAUGCAAUUUUAGAAAUUAAUUUGAUCAUCAUCAAAUUGAUCGACAAAAUGAUGUUCAAAACUGUGUUGAUUUUCAUAAUAAUCACACCUAUCGUGAUCAUAUCAUCAACAACAAAAAAAUUUGAUUGUCCAACGGCCAAUUUUGAUGCUUCCGUCGCAAUCAAUGAAUGUUUUGCAUUAUUAUUUAAUGCAAAAUUCAUGUGGCUGUUGGAUGUCUGUAAUUUUCGUCUAUCGACAGUAUAUAAUUUUGAGCCUGAAUUGCUGAAAUGUUUUCAUAAUGAUGGACACAAUGGACCGAAUCGACAACAACAACAACAACAAUCGAAACAAUAUGAAAAUGAACAACGGCAACAAUUAAUUGCAUGGAAUCGUUUUCGAAAAAUGAAAUCAACUAUAAUGAUGUAUAAUAAUUAUCCAAAUUCAAAUUUUAUCUGCAUGGAAUUGAAUAAUCAAAUUUGUUAUUUUCCCAUCAUCAUAACUGAACAAUAUCCAAGUAGUGAAUUUUUAAACACAAUCGGAAAUAUGAAUUCAAUGGAAGAUGAAAUGUUUAGAAGCUCAUGCCAAUCGGAUGUCAUUGAUGAUGAUUUUGAUGACAGCAUUGUUCAUGAUGGCCAAAAAAUAACAACGACGACAACGACAAGGAUAAUCGAAAUGGCACAUAUGUAUUAUCAUGUUAGUUCAUCAAAAGGAACGAAAAUAUAUCGGUUACAUGGGCGAAAUUUUUAUGCCGAUAUUGUUUGGACACCAUCAUCAUAUGAUUGGAAUCGUUUAGUUUUUUCAGUAAAAUUGUUCAAAUUAAUGAGUGAUCAAUACAAUAAUCAUAAUCAUAAUGAUGAUGAUCCACCAAUGAUGAAACCGUCAACUGAAAGGCCUGAUUUUGAUCCUGAAUAUUUAUUAUUAGAAAAUGUUAGCACAUUUUUAAUCAUGCCAACCGAUAUUGAAGUAAUGGUAUUUUUUACUACAAAUGAAUUUUGUAUUAUAAAUUAUUUUACUAAAAACUGUGGCCGAAGAUCGAUAAGAGAUUUAUUUGGUUGUGAUGAUGAUGAUGAUGAUGAUGAUGGUUAUUCGGAAUUCAGUGACGGUGAUGAUAGCGAUCGACCACAUAACAUGACAAUUGUCAACAUUAUGGAAAACGAUCAAUCGUUUAAUGAACCAUCAAACAACAACAGUAACACUGCAUCAAUGACUACGGCCAAAAUUCUUUUGGAUACCAUAAAAAAAUCAACAUCAAAUGAAACAAAUAAACAAAAUAAACGCAAAAUGUCAACAUUAACACCGCCUAUGCCACUGCCGACAAUGGCAACAUCAACAUCAACCAAUUCAAUAGUAAAAAACAUUUCAACUGCAGAUUCUAUUGUUAGUAGCAGUAAAUUUGUAUCAACAAAAACGACAACUGUGAUGCCAAUUUUUCCAUCCAAAGAUGAUGAUGAUGAUGAUGAUAAUGGUACUCAACCGAAUGAAACCAAUUUAUCUAGGGCAACAACAGCCGUACAGCGGCCGUCAAUAACGACUGACAAUUCUAUUGUAGAAUCACAUGAAAAACGAAACAAAAAAGAUGAAAUUGAACAAAUUAUCGUGACAACAGAAUCGUCAUCAGUACUUUGUCACAUCAUCACUGCUACUAAUGAUAAUAAUAACAAAAAGAAUAAGAAAAUUUCAAAAACCACCAAGAUACCACCAAUACAUAGCAUAGCAACCGUUACCUCUAAUUAUGAUUUAGAUAGCAACAAACCAACAAAUUCUCAUGUCAUUGAAAAUCAUGUGGUUAACAAAAGUAUUCAUCAUUCAUCGUCAGAAAAGAAACCAAAUAAAGAAACUCAUGACGAUGUUGAUGGUGAUGUGAAUGAAAAGAUUUUUUCUCAAGAAAUAACAUGUGAUAUUGAUUGUGUCAUGUUGAAACUAAAAGAAAUGAAAAAUCUUGAUCAAAGAAAACGUGGAAUGUCUAAAAAUUUUGACAACAACAACGAUGAUGUUGAUGAAUAUUUAUCAUCAUCAAAUAAUUAUAGUAUAAAAAGUAUCAUCAACAUAAUGAUAAAAUCGGAUAUUAUUCAUGGACAUUUUCUUAAAAAUGGAUCAUUCAUUAUUGGUCGUAUUAUUUUUAGAGGUUAG